UAUUUCUAUUCAAUAAUAAUUCAAUACUGUAGGAGACUCUUCUGUCAAUUGACUAUAUUCAUUGAUAGUUAUGAUCAAGCUGCAUAUACCACGUUUUAUUUCGAAGAGAAUGUACAGGUGUCUCAAAACAAAUUCAGGUUCUUAUCAUAUUAGUAGACGUACGUUUUCGGCAGCUAAUAUGGAAAAAAUCGCUAAUUGCAAUUCGAUAAUGAGUGUUAAAUGGAAAGUUAAUAAUGUCAAACGAGGGCAUUGCUUGUGUCAUUCUCAUAACUUGAGUACAAUGAGCGACGAUAUUUCUCAUUUCACUCUGCCUAAUCAUCAGCCAAUCGUUGCGCUGGAAUGUAAGACGGCAUUCAAUGCUUUAACGGAUAAGGAGCGACUUUACGCUCAUUAUCUUAGUCAGGCAGCAUGGAAUGGAGGUUUAAUUGUGCUCAUACAAACGUCUCCGGAGUCACCAUUGAUCUUUGCGCUUCUGCAUUCUAUUUUCUGCGCCCAGCCCGUUGCAGAACUCAAAACUGCCGCCUUGGGAGUUGGAGUGACAGAAGAUGAAUUCACGGCAUUUCUGGUUUAUGCUGCGGGCAUUUAUUCAAAUUCUGGUAAUUACAAGUCAUUUGGUGAUAGUAAGAUCAUUCCCAACUUGCAAAAAUCUAAGUUUGAAGCUAUUGUCAGAGUGUCGAAAGCACACACAGUGCUACCAGAGAGGAUUCAGUCAUUAUGGACUAAAAUAGAGGGCCGCCUUUACUCAUUGGAAGAGAAAGCACGAUCCUUAGGUCUAGGAGACAAGGGAACCACCACAUACUUUUCUGCUAACUGUACGACUGAGGAUGCAGACUUGGUGAAUCGUUUUAUGCAGAGCAAAGGCUUAGAAUCGUAUAAUGCUAGGUGCUUUAAAACCCAAGAAGCUGCAGAUGUUUCUGACAAGAAGAACCGUGGUGUUUAUGAAAUUAGAUUAGCAUCUGCAGAAACGAAUGACGAUCCAAAAAUUACUCUUCCUGAGGAGAUAUUUGAAGAUGCCAAAUUAAAAAUCACUAGAGGAGACUACAGUAAGCUUCUUAUUCCAGUUAUUGAGAAUCUAAGGAAGGCUAAAGAAUAUGCUUCUAAUGAUAAUGAAGUACAGAUGCUGGAUAAAUACGUCAAUCACUUCACCACCGGGUCCCUGGCUGAUCACAAAGAUGGUUCUAGGUUCUGGAUCAAGGAUAAAGGUCCUGUUAUCGAAACUUACAUCGGGUUUAUAGAAACUUAUAGGGAUCCGGCAGGCCAAAGAGCGGAGUUCGAGGGUUUUGUGGCAAUGGUUAAUAAAGAAAUGUCUCAGAAAUUCACCACACUGGUAAGCAAGGCCGAGGAAUUACUCCCCAAGUUACCAUGGGGCAAGGAUUAUGAAAAAAACGAGUUUUUACGGCCUGAUUUCACAUCUUUAGAUGUGUUAACUUUUGCUGGCUCUGGGAUCCCAGCGGGUAUAAACAUACCGAACUACGACGAGAUCAGAGAGUCGGAGGGUUUCAAAAACGUCUCACUUGGCAACGUUAUACCAGCAAACAUGAAGCAGGACAUAAUUCCGUUUCUAUCGGAUGAAGAUCAGGCUCUGAUGGACAAAUUCAGGGUCCAAAGUUUUGAAGUACAAGUUGGACUCCAUGAACUUUUAGGUCAUGGAAGUGGUAAACUAUUUAGAAAGCUAGCAUCUGGGGAGUACAAUUUUGACAUUCAUUCUGUGAGGAAUCCUCUUGACGGUGAACUUGUCACAAAAUUCUUCAAUGAGACAGAAACAUAUGACUCCAAGUUUGGCGCCAUGGGCUCCUCUUAUGAGGAAUGUAGAGCAGAGGCUGUUGGCUUAUAUCUCAGCUUGGAGAAGGACAUACUAAAAAUAUUCGGCCACGAAGGACAGAAUGCGGAAGACAUUAUAUACGUUAACUGGUUAAGCUUACUAUGGAACGGGUGUGGUAAGGCACUGGAAAUGUACCAGCCAUCAACAAAAAAAUGGCUGCAAGCUCAUUCCCAAGCUCGUUUUGUUUUACUGCAAGUCUGUUUAGAGGCUGGUGAAGGUUUGGUGAGCGUCACUGAAACUGAACCUGGUAAAAACCUAAGACUUGUAUUAGAUAGAACUAAAAUACCGACUGUCGGAAAACGUGCAAUUGGAGAUUUUUUGAGAAAGCUACAAGUUUAUAAAAGUCUCGGAGAUUUUGAUGCAGCGAAAGAAAUGUAUGAUAAGUACAGCAAAGUGCCAGAAACUGGAGAAAGACCAUGGGCACUAUGGAGAAACAUCAUUCUCUCAAGAAAACAACCAAGUAAAAUAUUCGUCCAAUCAAACACUUUCAUCAGUGGAGGAUCAGAAAGCACACCAGCAAAUGUCGUCUUGAAAAGUUACGAGCCCACGUGUACUGGUAUGAUUGAGUCUUGGGUGGAUCGUUUUCCGUCUUCUGAACUGCCUUCGACGCUUAUAGAAUUGUGGACAAAAGAUCAAGCGUACUUUUUCUAACAAGGAAAAUUGAUUGAUGUACAAGCAGGUCGAAUUUACAAAAACUCCUACAAUGUCAUUAACGCAUACAGAUUAUGAUAUAAGAAUACAUACAUAUAUUGAAAAUAAAAAAAAAAAAUACACAGUUUGUCAUGUACCAAAUUUGGAUAGAUCUGAUGGAUUUUACUGUUACUUGGAGAGCCAUGAUGACACUAGUAUAGUCAUUGGUGGGAAACAAUUAUUCCAAAGCUGCAUUUUGUUAUACUAGUUAUUAUUAUUUCUGAAGGUGGGGCAAUGAGGUUUGCAAUUUCGAAUCUCUGCACGAAAAUACCCAGGGAUGCACUUGUAAAAGAGAUUCCAAUUCUUAUCCCAGACUCGGAAAAAAAAAGCUGUAAGGUUUUACUCUAAAAACACGAAGCCUUCGAGAAAGUUGUACUAAUUCUGAUUGUGAAAAGAACAACGUGAUUCGAUCGGAGGAUCAUGAAUUCGUAAAGUAAAUCAAGCUAGAGCCAACACUCAUCGAGAUAUCUUGUUUUUCAGUAUGCACAGGACAUUUGAAAUCGCCGAACGGGACAAGUGCCAAAAUACAAGCGGCCGCCUCCUUGACGAGCAUCCCCUUAACUUCCAAAUAAAAUGUAUUGACACCCGCAAGUUUACAAUUAGGAAAUUAUUCAUCAUACAUAUCUAUAGCAUCUAAUUAAUAAUGCUUAUGAAUGAAGCCUUACAAAUAUAUUCAUAUUUUGUAUUCAUCAAAAUUAUUGGAGCAAUGUUGUGAUAAUGAAAUAAACAUACAUCUUGUGAAUGAUA